UCAGCUGCCAUCCCAUAAGCAGGUGCUGUGAAACAAUAACUCUGAGGCCACAUUUCCUAAGCACCCUAGUUAGAAAAAGCAAAGCUUUCAUCCAUGUCAGAUCUUGAACUGUUCAGAAGAUUCAGUAAGAAGAAAAAAGAUGAAUGUCUGUUGUCUAUCAAUCCUCCUGCUUCUUGGACUAGUUACUCUGCUCCUCUGUUCUGAUGAUGAAACACGUCUGGUUGAGAAUUUAUUCAAGAACUAUAACAGAGUUGUUCGUCCAGUAAGCGAUCAUCGUGAAGCUGUGAAUGUUACUCUUGGACUGCAGCUUAUCCAGUUGAUCAAUGUGGAUGAAGUAAAUCAAAUUGUAACAACCAAUGUGCGCCUAAAACAGCAAUGGAGAGAUGUAAAUUUGAGAUGGAAGCCAGAGGAUUAUGGGGGCGUGAAACAAAUUCGCAUCCCGUCAGAAGAUAUAUGGCAUCCAGAUUUCGUUUUGUACAACAAUGCAGAUGGAGAUUUUGCUAUUGAGCAGUUUACCAAAGUACUUUUGAACUACUCAGGCCACAUUACAUGGACCCCCCCAGCCAUCUUUAAAAGCUACUGUGAAAUUAUAGUCACCCAUUUCCCGUUUGAUGAGCAGAACUGCAGUAUGAAGUUGGGUACAUGGACCUAUGAUGGCACAGUGGUCGCCAUCUAUCCGGAAAGCGAAAAUCCAGACUUAAGUAACUACAUGGAGAGUGGAGAGUGGAUAAUGAAGGAUUACCGCGGCUGGAAGCACUGGGUUACCUAUGACUGCUGCCCUAACACUCCGUAUUUGGAUAUUACGUAUCACUUUGUGAUGCAGCGUCUGCCUCUCUACUUCAUUGUCAAUGUCAUUAUUCCUUGCCUCCUCUUCUCAUUCUUAACUGGAUUAGUGUUUUAUUUGCCCACAGAUUCAGGUGAGAAGAUGACCCUGAGCAUCUCUGUCCUGCUUUCUUUGACUGUAUUCCUUCUUGUCAUUGUGGAGCUAAUUCCCUCGACCUCCAGCGCAGUGCCUUUGAUUGGCAAAUACAUGUUGUUCACUAUGGUGUUUGUCAUAGCCUCCAUCAUCAUCACUGUUAUUGUGAUCAAUACACACCACCGCUCUCCAAGUACCCACACUAUGCCACAGUGGGUGAGGAAGAUUUUUAUCGACACAAUUCCAAAUAUUAUGUUCUUUUCAACAAUGAAGCGGCCUUCUAGAAAUAAGGAGAAAAAGAUUUUUACCGAAGACAUAGAUAUUUCUGAAAUCUCAGGUAAACAAGGUCCAGCUGCCGUGAAUUUCCAGUCAUCACUCAUCAAAAAUCCAGAUGUGAAAAGUGCUAUUGAGGGCAUCAAAUACAUUGCUGAAACUAUGAAGUCUGACCAAGAAUCCAACCACGCUGCAGAAGAAUGGAAGUUUGUUGCAAUGGUAGCUGAUCACCUUCUCCUUGGCAUCUUCAUGUUCGUUUGUAUCAUUGGAACACUGGCUGUCUUUGCUGGCCGCCUCAUUGAACUGCACCAGCAAGGGUGAAGGCAGGAAAUCUACUUGGGUAGUAUGAUUUGGAUCCUAAAGGUUAACUGACAUAAUUUUUUAAAAAGGAAAGUUUCAUGUUCCCUUACAGCACUCAUGCCCCCCCACACACACACACAUUGUCUGGGAGGGCCCCCCAACCCACUAAGUGUCUUGGGGGAAAUUGGAGGGCAGGAUGGGAUGCAAUCUUUCCUUUUCUUGAUGCCCUUAACUUAACUUACUAGAGAAUCCAUGUCUUGAGUGACCUCCCCACAUUUUAAGAGCUACAUAGUUGUCAGACUUGUGGGGAAGGAGAACAUUUCAGAAAGAAAAGCAAGCAUCAGUGGGAAUAAAACUGAAUUGAUAAC